AUGUCUGCGCCACGCCACAAGCUUUGUUACUACUUUGACGUUGUCUCACCCUGGUCGUAUGUGGGAUAUCAGGUGCUUCGACGCUAUCAGAAACUGUGGGACCUCGAUGUGACGUACAAACCUGUCAAUCUCGGAUACGUGAUGAAGUUUUCGGGCAACAAGCCUCCGAUCACCGUGACAAACAAAGCGCUUUGGAUGUGGCAUGAACGCGAACGAGCGACCACUUUCUUUGGGGUGACACUGAACCAACCGCAAGACUUCCCGAUCAACACGAUGCAUCUGCAAACGUUCUUGUCGGAAAUCUCUGCGUCGUUCGAUGUGCCAACGUUUGAGCGUGCCAUCGAAACGUGCUUUGCCGCCAUCUGGCAUCACGACUAUCCGUGUGCCACGAGGGAGGACCUGGAGAGCAUCUUUGCCAAAGCAGACUACCUUGGUUUGCGAAAGGAGAAGCUCGCCCAGGUGUUGGACAAAAGCAUGCAGAAGGAGGCGAGGGCGAGAAUGGGCCAAGAAGCCAAGAUUCUUGUCGAGGAGCACGGCUUCUUCGGUAUGCCAAGUAUAGAGGUGGAGAGGAGCAGCGACGGUGAGAAGGCCAUGUUUUUCGGUAGCGAUCGAUUCGAGCAAAUAGCCGCUUGGUUGGGUUUGCCGUACAAGGGUCCUUUUGCUGAUGGCACGCUUGCAAAACUGUAA